AUGCAAGCAGCAAGAUGUCCCACCGAUGAGCUGUCGUUAACCAACUGUGCUGUGGUGAACGAGAAGGACUUCCAGUCUGGGCAACAUGUUGUUGUGAAGACUUCUCCCAACCACAAAUACAUUUUCACGCUGAGAACCCAUUCCUCCGUUGUUCCUGGCAGCAUCGCGUUCAGCUUGCCCCAGAGAAAAUGGGCUGGACUUUCCAUCGGACAAGAGAUAGAUGUUUCCUUAUACACUUUUGACAAGGCGAGGCAGUGUAUUGGCACCAUGACGAUCGAGAUAGAUUUCCUGCAGAAGAAGAGCAUUGACUCCAACCCCUACGACACCGACAAGAUGGCUGCGGAGUUCAUCCAGCAGUUCAACAGCCAGGCCUUCUCCGUAGGCCAGCAGCUUGUGUUCAGUUUUAAUGACAAACUUUUUGGCCUGUUGGUAAAGGACAUGGAAGCUAUGGACCCCAGCAUUCUCAAAGGAGAGUCUGGAGCAAGCAAGAAGCAGAAGAUUGAGGUCGGUUUGGUUCUUGGAAACAGUCAAGUUGCCUUUGAAAAAGCUGAGAACUCCUCUCUCAAUCUGAUCGGUAAAAAUAAAACAUGUGAGGGUAGACAAACUGUGAUCGUCCCAGACUGGAAUUUUGAGAAAAUGGGCAUUGGGGGCCUUGACAAAGAAUUCUCAGAUAUUUUCCGACGAGCUUUUGCUUCCAGAGUUUUUCCACCUGAAAUUGUGGAGCAAAUGGGCUGCAAGCAUGUGAAAGGCAUCCUCUUGUACGGACCUCCGGGCUGUGGUAAAACACUUAUGGCGAGACAGAUUGGCAAGAUGCUGAAUGCCAGAGAGCCGAAGGUGGUCAACGGUCCAGAAAUCCUCAAUAAAUACGUGGGCGAAUCGGAGGCCAACAUCCGCAAGCUGUUUGCUGAUGCAGAAGAAGAACAAAGAAGGCUUGGAGCAAACAGCGGUGUGCAUAUCAUCAUUUUUGAUGAGAUUGAUGCAAUCUGCAAGCAGAGAGGAAGCAUGGCGGGUAGCACUGGAGUCCAUGAUACUGUAGUAAACCAGUUGCUGUCUAAGAUUGAUGGAGUAGAGCAGCUCAACAACAUCCUAGUCAUCGGAAUGACCAACAGACCUGACCUGAUCGAUGAGGCUCUGCUGAGACCGGGGAGACUGGAGGUGAAAAUGGAGAUCGGCUUGCCGGACGAGAAGGGUCGAUUUCAGAUUCUCCAUAUCCACACGGUACGGAUGCGGGAGCACCAGCUGCUGGCUGAAGAUGUGGACAUUGCUGAACUGGCAGUUGAGACCAAGAACUUCAGUGGUGCUGAAUUAGAAGGUUUAGUUCGAGCUGCUCAGUCUACAGCUAUGAACAGACACAUCAAGGCCAGCAACAAAGUGGAAGUGGAUAUGGAGAAGGCAGAGAGCUUGCGUGUGACCAGAGGAGACUUCUUUGCAUCUUUGGAGAAUGAUAUCAAACCAGCGUUUGGAACCAACCAGGAAGACUAUGCAAGCUACAUCAUGAAUGGUAUUAUUAAGUGGGGUGAUCCAGUAACACGGGUAUUGGAUGAUGGGGAGCUGCUUGUUCAACAGACUAAGAACAGUGACCGUACUCCUCUGGUUAGCGUUCUUCUAGAAGGCCCCCCCCACAGUGGGAAGACUGCGUUAGCAGCAAAAAUAGCAGAAGAGUCCAACUUUCCCUUCAUCAAGAUCUGUUCUCCUGAUAAGAUGAUCGGAUUUUCUGAAACGGCCAAGUGUCAAGCUAUGAAGAAGAUCUUUGAUGAUGCGUACAAGUCCCAGCUCAGCUGUGUCGUCGUGGACGACAUUGAGAGACUUCUAGAUUACGUCCCAAUUGGACCACGGUUCUCUAAUCUGGUGUUGCAAGCCCUUCUGGUGCUGCUGAAGAAGGCCCCCCCUCAGGGUCGCAAGCUUCUGAUCAUUGGAACCACCAGCCGCAAAGACGUCCUGCAGGAAAUGGAAAUGCUGAAUGCCUUCAGCACUACGAUUCACGUGCCAAACAUUGCAACAGGGGAGCAGCUCAUGGAGGCUUUGGAGCUCCUGGGUAACUUCAAAGACAAGGAACGCAGCACUAUUGCACAGAACGUCAAAGGGAAGCCUGUCUGGAUUGGCAUCAAGAAGCUGCUGAUGCUGAUAGAAAUGUCGUUACAAAUGGAUCCUGAGUAUCGGGUGAAAAAAUUCUUGGCUCUUCUGAGAGAAGAAGGAACGUAUCACAGGGAGUAGUUGAGCCCAGUCUUGACAGUGGCAUCUCCUAGAAAAUGACUUUCUAAUACAUGUAGGGCAGUACCUGUGCUGGGGAAACUCACAACAGUGUCUAUCCUGGCUCCAUGUGAGUGGGUUCCAGUGUGUGGUUGAUGCUUUUAUACCUGUGCAUGCUUUCUUGAUGGAUUUGGCUUCUUUUGCAAGAGUUCCUCCCCUAGACUGAAGGUGGACCAAGUGCAAGAUCAGCAGCUGGAGAAGUGACCAACCUGGAGAAUAUACACUGGGAUCUUGACUCUUCUGUGUUCAACACACUGGACAAAGUGAAAUGCUCCCCUAUUUCCAAGAACCCGAUGUGGAAUCUGCAUGUUUAGUGCAAUACAGUAUC